CUUGGACUUGCUGAAAAGUCUACCCUGAAAUUCAUGAGGUCGACUUGUGGCAAGUCUAACAAACUUUAGAGACUGCACAGUACGGACUGGAAAUCAUCUUUAACUAUGGUUCGUUACACAUUUGAAAGCGAAGAUCAACUUGGAUUUGAGGGACUGAUGAAGGUAGAGAAUUGGUUUUUCCGCUAUCAAUCAUUUUCAGUUUUCAAAUCUCAGAGCUCAGCUUGAUCGAUUGAAAAACAAAAAAAAGAAUGAAAAAUGUUAUUUCAGCGACUGACAGUUAAAAUCCAAAUUUCUGAAGCUUUAGCAGUCUCGGUUACUUGUAUAAAUCCCGUUCAGUUCUUAAUUUAGCUACAUGUCAUGCUGUAGUCCGGCGAAACCUAAGAGACAAAAAUAAAUGACGGAAAAAAUGUAGAGCAAUAUUACAUACUAAAAAAGAUGCAUAGUGAGCUUUUUUAAUGUUUUUCUAUCGUUCAUGACACGAUGAUGCUUUUCCAUACAUUAAAACGGUACUUUUGUACGGUUGUAGGUUGGUGACUUUUGUACUGGUAUUAUAGUAAUAAACAUUUGGCUUAUUUUGCAACAACCAACAAACAUUUUAUCCAAGCAAAUUAACAAGACGAAGCAAGAGGGGUCGGGAUAUCAAACUUUACACGCUUAAGAGAGCCAAACACUCGCGUCAGGCCUGUACCGGUAUCUGUAGUAAAUAUGAUAUUUUCCUCUCUACAGGACAGUAAUGGACGGUGUCGAUCUGGAUAUCGAGAUAGGAAGUCAUAAAUACUACCCAGACUUUGUUCGUGAGAUGAGGCGGCUUAUGAAUACAGACAAAAGUAAACAGUACCUGAUCACAGCUGCUCCCCAGUGUCCCUUUCCUGAUAAAUGGAUGGGACCUCAGAUACAAGGCUCUGCACUAGAGGAAUAUGGCAACGAAUUUGACUACUUGUUUAUUCAGUUCUACAACAACUACUGCUAUCCUGGAGAUCAAUAUUUUCUCCCUGUGAUGGACACUUGGUUAAAGUGGGCACGGGGUAUUCCCAAUGGCCCUCUUGUUGUCCUUGGUCUGCCAGCAGGACCCGAGGCUGCUGGGAAGCCGCAUUACUAUUUCCCGCCAGAUAAACUGGCUGCCGUCUACAAGGUAUUAUUCAUUGAUUAAAAUCAAAUCUCCUAUGGUUACCUGUGAAACCGUCAUUUGCAUUGUUGAGGAAAGCCCAUAGGGUAAGUAACAAUGGACCUCAUAUGUUGGCAAAAUGAGAAAUCCCGCA